AUGCGUGGGGACGAGCGGGCGUUUUACGAGGCGGCGUACGACCGCGCGCGGCCGCAGAUCAAGCAGAUUCGGGGGCGCCUGUCGCACUUUCCGUCACCGGUGCUGCGUGUGCAGCGCGUGGGCCAGCUGGACGCGGACCUCUUGGACCAGGAGCUGACCGACCUGCUCGCCGAGCCGGUCAAGGCGGCGCUGCGGAAUGUCUCGCCGACGGCCGCGACACGCCACUCGGCAGAGAUCUACCUCUUGCUGAAGCUGGCACUGUACAAGUUUAGUAUCUAUGACCGGAGCGCGUCGUACGGUGCCAUGCUCCAGAACCUCAAGUACCGGAACGAGUGGGCGCAUACUUCGGGGCUGCAAUCGACCGCGCGCGAUGCGCCGCUGCGCUGGUUCCAGCUGGGGAUGUACCCUAUUCUGACCAUCAUCCUCCCGUACGCAUACACGAAAAGCAAGGCGUGGAUGAGCGACCGCUCGUACGCCGACGCGCCGAGCGACUCGCCCGAAUUCCUCGCGUGGUCACUUGCGGAGCAGGGGCAGCGCCUGUGGAACAUGCUGGGGCUGCUCAACUUUGGCUUUUUCCUGUGGAACGGCAAGUACCGCACGAUCGCCGACCGCAUUCUCGGCAUGCGCCUCACGUACGCGAACCGCGCGUUGAACCGCAACGUCUCGUUCGAGUUCCUGAAUCGGCAGCUGGUCUGGAAUGCAUUCACGGAAUUCCUCCUCUUUUUGCUGCCGCUCGUCAAGCCACAGCGCCUGCUCCGGAGGCUCGCGCGCAUUCCGACGCACCCCACGGUGCUUGCCGCGCUGCACGGCACGCUCCCGCAGGGUAUCUCGAAGCGCAUCGGCCUUGAACACGACGAAAAGGCGGGGCGCGUACGCCUCGGCGGACGCCGCGACCGUCCGGCAUAUGGCCGCUACUACAACCUCCCGGAAGAGUGCUGUGCGAUCUGCUUUGAGCGCCUCGAGAAGGCCGCAGGCGUUGACAUCGACGUGCGCGCGCAGGCCCCGCCGCCGCCGCCGCCGCCGCCGCACGUCGCGAUCCCAAGUGUCGACCCACUGCACCCCAGCAAGGGCCUCGUCGCGCGCCGCCGCAACCGCGAAAAGGACCGCGAGGAGGAGCCGGCCGAGUCGAGCGCCGCCGCACAGCGCGCGGCCGUGCGUGCAGCGAAGCUCGCCGAGCGCCGCGCCGCACGUCGUGCACAGGGCGUGCAGCCGCAGGAGACGAGCCGGCCGAGCCUCUUGGCCGCGUCGCCAAACGGGAUCAAGUAUCUCGACGCGCUCGCGACGACGCCGUACCAGACGCUGCCGUGCGCCGAAAAGGGGAACGGGUGCAUUUACUGCUACUAUUGCAUCGCCGAAAAGCUCAUGUCCGAGUCGACCGACGACGAUCUGCAGGACCAGGGCGGAUGGGAGUGCCUGCGGUGUGCAGAGCGCGUGUAUGGCGCAGAACGUGUGCCGGCCGUAGCAGAGAGCUAG